ACCAGACGCUUUCGCUUAAUUUAAACACAACAAACAUGGGGAAGAAGCAUAAAAAGCACAAGCCGGAGUGGAGAACAGUUGAUGACUGUGAGGACAAGCCUUUUGAGAAGCAGCUGAAGCUGGUGCUCAAAGUGGGAGGAAGUGAGAUCACAGAACUCUCAGGCUCCGGCCAUGACUCCAGUUACUACGACGACAGGUCAGACCAUGAACGAGAGCGCCACAAGGACAAAAAGAAGAAGAAGAAGAAAAAGUCUGAGAAGGAGAAAGACAAACACGUAGAUGAUGAGGAGAGGAGAAGACGGAAGGAAGAGAAGAGGAAGAAGAGAGAGCGGGAGCAGAAUGAAUCAGAGGCUGCUACUGCCUCUGCCAGUGGUGUAGGCCUGCCCACUGUUGUGCCCAGUCACACUGGUGUGGCAGUCGAGCCUUUCAUGCUGCCGAAGAUACCAAACAUUGGUAUUAGUUUUGAGCAGCAGGAGGAGAAGAAGAGGAAGAGGGAGAGGUCUGAGAUGGAGCCGGAGGUGAUGGACCAGUUUCACCCCAACAUCAAGGUAGAGGUGGAGCAACAAGGAGACCGGCCUGUCAGGGCUUGC